AUGGAUCAAUAUCACUUUUUGUUCAAAUAUAUUAUUGUCGGUGACACUAGUGUUGGGAAGUCGUGCAUAUUGUUAAAUUACACAGAGAAGAAGUUUAAUGAAGACCAUGAAACUACAAUAGGUGUGGAGUUUGGAAGUUAAUUGUUAAAGAUGAAUGACAGGACAAUUAAGAUUUAAAUUUGGGACACUGCUGGAUAAGAGAGUUUUAGAUCAAUCACAAGGUCUUAUUAUAAAGGGUCAAUUGGAGUAGUCUUAGUGUUUGAUUUAACAAAGAAGGACACCUAUUAUAAUGUGAUGAAAUGGCAUAAUGAAAUAUUAGAUUGCACACAUGAAUUCGUAGAGAUUAGUUUAGUUGGAAAUAAAUUAGAUUUAGAAUCAGAACGUCAAGUUUCUUCAAAAGAGGCCCUUGAAUAUGCUCAAUCAAAUAAAAUGAAUUAUUUGGAGACAUCUGCCAAAACUGGAUAGAAUGUUGAUAAAGUAUUUGAGGACAUAGCUCAAAGAAUAUUGGUAAAAAUUGACAAUAAGACAAUUGAUUAUACACAGGAGGUUUACGGAAUUAAAUUAGGUCCAUUCUUUCAAAAUCCAAAAUAAAUAACAAAUACACCUUCAACUUUAAAAUCAGAACCAGAAAAGAAAGAUAAAACAUGUUGUUGA